AUGCUUCAAACUAUACAUCGACUCUUCGUUACUGUAUUCGCUCAUCGUCGGCAUUUACGAAAACGUUGGCUUUAUUUCUUCAUAGCUUUGAUACAAUCUAUCAUUUCCAUGUUGAUGUUAUUGCCUGCGUUAUUUGAAGGUCAUUUUCCAUAUAUACCCGAUGGGAAAAUGUGCUAUAUAGCUUUCAAUGAUCUUUUUGGUGUUUUAUAUCCAUCAGCAUGUUUCUAUUUUGGUCCAUUAAUUAUUCAAUUAAUAUUGUCUUAUUGGAUUCUUCAAUAUGUUUCUCGUGAAACUCAAGCAGGCCGUGCACAAAUCAACUUUAGAAGACGUGUUGCGAAAGAGCGACGAAUUUUAAUUCGCCUAUUCAUCCCAGUUCUUCUCAUAAUCGGUGUUGGACUCAUUUAUUUCGUAUUUGUUUUUGGAACAUGGAUUAGUAGUUCAUCAUGGCAAAUUCCACCCUAUGCUCUUCAUCUCAGUUUAUUAGGCAUUUCUGUUGCAAUUGGACUAGGCAUGUUGAUUAAUAUCAUUAUACACAAAAAAAUUCGGAAAAUUAUUUCUUCGACUUUAUGUCGUUUGUUGAUGAUUCAUCGACAAAAUACUGUUCACAUCAUUCGGCAACAGCAUGCGACAAUCAAUCAAGGAACUGGAACAAGAACAAUUUAUUAA